UGCGGCGGCAUCCAGGCGGGAGGGCGCAUUCAGAUCUCUUUUUGGGAGGGCGGCGCUCGGCCUCCCAGGGUGGCACGCGGGACGAAAGCUCCCGGCGCAGGCCUGGUUCAGUCACGGCUCCCGCUCGCUUCCGCUGAGGGACAGACUGCGGAGCUCCAGCACCCCGCAGGACUGCGUAGGGCGGAAUCCCGCCAUUCCGCUCACAAAUCUGUGACGUUUACCAAAAAAGGUACUAAUAACGACACCGACCUGGGGGAGGGCCGGGUCACCCUCGCCCAGCCCAGCCCACGCCCCCCCCACGCCCCACCCCGGGUUCCGUGAACACGUGCCUGUGAGGAUGUCAAUGCACUGACCACGGAAAAAAUGCAUGGGGGGAAACAUGCGUCAGAGAGGACUUCUAUACGAAGAGCUCUUAGAAAUCAAUAAUAAAAAGCCAACAGGGCUUCCCUGGUGACGCAGUGGUUGAGAGUCUGCCUGCCGAUGCAGGGGACACGGGUUCGUGUCCCGGUCCGGGAAGAUCCCACGUGCCGCGGAGCGGCUAGGCCCGUGAGCCAUGGCCGCUGAGCCUGCGCGUCCGGAGCCUGUGCUCUGCAACGGGAGAGGCCACAACAGUGAGAGGCCCGCGUACCGCAAAAAAAAGCCAACAAUCUUUAGUAGGAAAAACAAACGAAAAUAGAAAUGGUGAUGUUAUAGAUGGGCUGUUUGCUAAUUGAUAAAUGACACAAUGACGAGGAUCAGAGCGAUGAGAGCCGUCUCCACUUCACUGGACAGAGUCCCAUAGCGCCUGCGCUGGGGGAGCAGGAGGGGGCAGACAGCGGACAGACCCGAGCACUGUUAUUGAAACCAGGUUGGCCAAAUCUCCCUGAAAGAGGAUGGCUGAUAUUUCAGUCCAGCGAGUCCUCGGCUGGUUAUUCAGCUACGAACACAUCUGCCUAAGUCCCCAGGCCGGCCCGGGCGGGGACAGCCACUUUUGCUCUGCCCUAUCUGUGGAACAGCCUGGAGGUGCAAAGGCCCAGAGGCUGGAAGGUUGCCUUGGGGAAGGAAGGAGGUGGGGAAGCCAACCUAUGCCCUCCCCUCCCCCCACUCGUCCAAAUGGCAGAGGUUCGCGGGCCUGGACAGCCAGAUCCCAAGACAGGAGACCCCACAGCGCCCAGGGCGUGCACCCCACCCCGUCUCCCGCUCUGCAGCCAGCGUCCAGAUCAAGGCCAGACGGCAAAGUGGCCUGCGUGGGGUUGGAGAGAGGAGGGCAGACGCGGCCCCCGGCUGGCUCAGGUCCCAGGGGCAUCACGUGGAGCCAUUCGGCCCCCCAGGAGAUCCGGGGCCCUGGAAGGGGCGAGAGGUGCUUCUUGAACGAGUUGAGGCGGGCGGAAGGUCCGGGAGGUUUCUUGGGGAUAGGCGGCGGGCGGGGCCCGGGGGGGCUUCCUGGAGGAGGAGGCGGAAAGAGCGCCGAAACAUUGGGAGAAUUCGCGCGCUACGCGGCGCCCCCAAACCUCGGGGGAGCGCGGGAGGCGGAGCGGGCGGCGCCGAGAAACAGCGGCUGCGGGCAAGCGGCGGGAGCGAGGAACGGCGAGCCUGCCGCCACCGCCGAGCAGCCCUCCAGCCGUCCGGCGUCCGCUUGUCUGUGCGUCUUCCGCGGAUCAGCGGCGGGCCGGCGGCCGAACCCAUGCAGCCGCGCAGCGAGCGCCCGGCCGGCAGGACGCAAAGUCCAGAGCACGGCAGCCCGGGGCCCGCGCCCGAGGCGCCGCCGCCGCCACCGCCGCCGCCGCAGCCGGCAGCCCCGGAGGCAGAGCGUGCCCGGCCCCGGCAGGCCCGGCCCACGGGCCCCAUGGAGGGUGCAGUGCAGCUGCUGAGCCGCGAGGGCCACACCGUAUCCCACAACUCCAAGCGGCACUACCACGAUGCCUUCGUGGCCAUGAGCCGCAUGCGGCAGCGCGGCCUCCUGUGUGACAUCGUCCUGCACGUGGCUGCCAAGGAGAUCCGGGCACACAAGGUGGUGCUGGCCUCCUGCAGCCCCUACUUCCACGCCAUGUUCACAAAUGAGAUGAGUGAGAGCCGUCAGACGCAUGUGACGCUGCACGACAUCGACCCUCAGGCCUUGGACCAGCUGGUGCAGUUUGCGUACACGGCCGAGAUCGUGGUGGGGGAAGGCAACGUGCAGACUCUGCUCCCGGCCGCCAGCCUCCUGCAGCUGAAUGGGGUCCGUGAUGCCUGCUGCAAGUUCCUGCUGAGUCAGCUCGACCCCUCCAACUGUCUGGGCAUCCGGGGCUUCGCCGACACACACUCGUGCAGCGACCUGCUCAAGGCGGCACACAGGUACGUGCUGCAGCACUUCGUGGACGUGGCCAAGACUGAGGAGUUCAUGCUGUUGCCGCUGAAGCAGGUGCUGGAACUGGUCUCUAGCGACAGCCUGAACGUGCCUUCAGAGGAGGACGUCUACCGUGCCGUCCUGAGUUGGGUCAAGCAUGACGUGGAUACCCGGAGGCAGCAUGUUCCUCGGCUGAUGAAAUGUGUGCGCCUGCCCCUGCUGAGCCGGGACUUCCUGCUGGGCCACGUGGACGCCGAGAGCCUGGUGCGGUGCCACCCGGACUGCAAGGACCUGCUCAUCGAAGCUCUCAAGUUCCACCUGCUGCCCGAGCAGAGGGGCGUCCUGGGCACCAGCCGCACCCGGCCCCGGCGCUGUGAGGGCGCCGGCCCUGUGCUCUUCGCUGUGGGUGGCGGGAGCCUGUUCGCCAUCCACGGGGACUGUGAAGCGUACGACACACGCGCUGACCGCUGGCAUGUGGUGGCCUCAAUGUCCACGCGCCGGGCCCGGGUGGGCGUGGCGGCAGUCGGGAACCGGCUGUAUGCCGUGGGCGGUUACGAUGGGACUUCAGACCUGGCCACCGUAGAGUCCUACGACCCUGUGACCAACACCUGGCAGCCGGAGGUGUCCAUGGGCACGAGGCGCAGCUGCCUGGGCGUGGCUGCCCUGCACGGGCUCCUGUAUGCAGCCGGUGGCUACGAUGGGGCCUCUUGCCUCAACAGCGCCGAGCGCUACGACCCCCUGACGGGAACGUGGACGUCGAUCGCCGCCAUGAGCACCCGGAGGCGAUACGUGCGCGUGGCCACGCUCGAUGGGAACCUGUACGCCGUGGGCGGUUAUGACAGCUCGUCACACCUGGCCACCGUGGAGAAGUAUGAGCCCCAGGUGAACUCCUGGACGCCCGUGGCCUCCAUGCUGAGCCGGCGCAGCUCCGCGGGCGUGGCGGUGCUGGAGGGGGCCCUCUACGUGGCUGGCGGCAAUGACGGCACCAGCUGCCUCAACUCUGUGGAGAGAUACAGCCCCAAGGCGGGUGCCUGGGAGAGUGUGGCGCCCAUGAACAUCCGAAGGAGCACACACGACCUGGUGGCCAUGGACGGCUGGCUGUACGCCGUAGGGGGCAACGACGGCAGUUCCAGCCUCAACUCCAUUGAGAAGUACAACCCGAGGACCAACAAGUGGGUGGCCGCGUCCUGCAUGUUCACACGGCGCAGCAGCGUGGGCGUGGCAGUGCUCGAGCUGCUCAACUUCCCGCCGCCCUCUUCGCCCACGCUGUCCGUGUCCUCCACCAGCCUCUGAC